AUGGCGACUGUUGAAGACUCUUUAGAAAUCGGUGUCGACUUUCUGCAGUGUACGAUCUGCUACGACACUUUUAAGGAGCCGAAGAUUCUUGUUCCCUGUCUGCAUACCUUCUGCAAGACAUGUUUGAAGGAAUGUGUUAGAAAACAAGCGAACAGUUGCCUUUCCUGCCCCAUCUGUCGCCAGGAGGUGCCGUGUUCGGAAGAUGGAGUUGAGGGGCUUAGGGAUAACUCCUUCACGGCUAGCCUUGUUGCUGCUGUUCAGGAUCAAGUUAAGAUACUUGAAAACCCCAACAAUAUCCUCUGCUCCAAGUGUGACGUCGUGGCGACCUGGAGGUGUGUGGAGUGUGCCGAGUUCUUAUGCCAGAGUUGCGAAUCCGCUCACCGUCGCCUGAAGUCCACAAACGGUCACACACGACUGACAAUCACCGAGCUACAAACGGGGGAACACGACGACAAACUCCGCUCAAAAACGACUCCAAAAUGCGAAGCUCAUCCUAGUAAAACGCUGCGACUAUUCUGCACUACGUGCAACGUUCCCAUCUGUAGAGAAUGUGCAAGCACCAACCACCAAGAGCCAGAACACCAUCACGAAGAGCUGAACCAGGCAGCAACGGUGAGAAAGACGAUACUGAAAGAUCUCCUCACACGAUGCCAAUUGCAGGUGCAAAAUCUACACAAGCACGAAAGGAUACUCACAAAGAUGUUACCAUACCUCGAAGAGAACGAAGAGAAAGCAAAGACGGAAGUCACAACGAAUGUGAAGCGACUCAUCGCCAUUAUACAACAAGAAGAAGCUGCUAUGCUAGACACCAUCAGCCUGGCUGCUGAGAAGAAAAGGAAGAAAUUACAAGACCAGUUGGACGAGAAGCAAACCUCUAUUGCAAGUGUGAAGGGAACUUGCGACUUCGCAACGGCACUAGCAAGGGAAGGGGACAUGUUUGAACUGUUGACCUUCAGCAAGGAAAUAGAGCAACGCCUCCGGACCAUCGUAGCCCAGUCUAGCAACACAGGCCCCGAUGUGGAGCUGACAAAAGUCACGGUGCGGUACGACGGUCUCAAGCAAAAGCUGAAAACGGAAUUUCCAAAGAAUGCCAAGUACUGCAUAUCUAACAAAGAAAUGAAUGAGAUAUUAGGACCUUCAGAUAAAUCAAGAACAACCGUGAGGUUAUCGGCACCCGCACGGCAACGGUGA